UUUCUUUUCUUCUUUCACUUUUCUUUAUUCCACACUCACAGCAACAAACCAUCAUCCAAGUCAUCCACUGAUUAGAAAUGUCGACACCCCAAUCUUCAUCAACCGUCUACGCUGUUGCCUUUCGUCAACAUGAUUUGAACCUGUAACCAAGGUAACAAAAACCCUGUUAUUCCAUCGAUGGUACUCAGUGGCCGACUACGAUUCAUUACCCCGACGUUCAUGGAAGUGCUGAGUGAUCGGACCCAAUGUUGUCUCCUCCUCUUCGCCAUAGUGGGUGUCGACAGUAAGCACAAGUGCCUCAACCCGCUGUGCCCAAGUUCCAUGUUUCUCCACCCUCUCCUCCUUCCGUUGGCCAUCGCUUGUGUUGAUCAUACGUGGCUGGCCCAAGCAAUUAUCGUCGUUAUUCUCCUCUACGAUCAUCGUCUCCUUCAUUCUAUUCCAUACCGAUCGUGGCAUAUUCUUCUCGACCGAGAGGAUUUCACUGUCGUAUUUUUAUCGACAGGGCAACCCGAGCACACUUUUUAUUCUCACUAUCACACCGACCAGCUCACUUCUCCGUUUCAUGCGUCCAGUUCAGACGAUUUCCCAACACCUCCCGACUGUCCACCACUGGCGUCGGACAAUCCUGACUAUAACCAUCGAGGGUGUUCCUCCGCAGUUCCGAUUAAAGAAAACUUGAAAGGAUAUUUGCACUAUGAAAACAAGUAG